AUGGCAACUGUGCAUGGGCCUCGAAGAGCUCAAUCCAGUCCGCUAGACGUUAAGACAUAUUCUUCCGAUCGACCGCACCCCGAGGAUGCUGCUGUGUUGCUUCCGACAGCUAUACCUCCGCCGGUGGAUUCUAAAGCCGAUGACAUCUGGAGGGUUGGCAAAUAUGUAUUUCGGGCAGAUUUCGAUUCAGCAAACUUGGCUAGCGUGGAGCAAGGUCUUGUUGCGAACGAGUUUCUGCUGCAAACGCGUAGGGAUUGUGGGGGUACUGAGAACGAAAAGACGACACGGACAUGGUUUUACUUCAGCAUUGCCGGACACAACACGGGCGAUCUCAUAAUUCUUAUUAUACUGAACCUCAACAAGCAGAGCAGGUUGUACUCACAGGACUACCGGCCAGUGUUCUGGUGUGCUUCGCAGCCAGAAUGGCAGCCGCUCAAGUUGCGAGUGACGUACCGGCGAGAGGGUGAUGACUUUCAGCUCCGAUUCUGCCACCGCUUCGAAAGCGAGGAGGAAACGCUCUUUGCAUUCGCUAUUCCGUUUAGCUACCAAGAGACGCAGGCAGGAUGGCGACUGUUGUUCGCCGAAGGGCCUUGCUUCCUAAUGCAACUGCCUGACGGCACCAUCCCGCGCCCCUACAUCGUAUCCUGGGUGCCUACGCAGGAGAUGCUGGACCACCUGGACAAGCAGCUACCCUUCCCGCAGAACGGCACUAUCUCCUGCAACGCGGCCGAUGCACGUGAUGCAGCCGAAACCAGCUUCCGCCCGAAUGAUGCUGGAACACUCAAUUCAGCAUCACCGUCUCAAAUCGUACACAGCGCAUCUCCCAUUAGCACCCACGCUGGGGCUGGCGCCGCUGCUGGGGCGCGUGCACGAUGCACCAGUGAAGCGUGCAGCAGUAGCAGCGGUGGCGGCGACUCCUCGCCAGGCGCACGGUUGUAUUACCGGCGGCAACUGUUGACACGAUCCUUGGAGGGUCGGCGGGUGGAGGUGCUAACUAUUACGGACUGCAGCGGUGCAUCCGGAGAGGUUGAACCGCCUCUGCCGGGGGUUUUCGAACACGACCCGGGGCCCCCUGCAGCCAUGUUCCGCGACAAAACAGUGUUUUUUGUGUCCAGCAGGGUGCAUCCCGGCGAGACGCCCGCAACGCACAUGUUCAACGGCAUGCUGGCUUUUUUGCUGCGCCGUUCGGACCCCCGAGCUUCCGCUCUGAGGCGACGCUUCGUGUUCAAGCUUGUGCCCAUUGUGAAUCCGGAUGGUGUCGCGGUGGGGAACUACCGUACAGACACUCUGGGCCAGAACCUGAACCGUUUCUACACGGGGAUCCCUGACGAGAAGACGCAGCCGAGCGUUUACGCCAUCAAGACGCUGCUGAUGUACUACGCGCAGCAGAAUGUCCUGGAGUUUUACAUUGACUUGCAUGGACAUGCUAACAAGAAAGGCGUCUUCAUUUACGGCAACACUCUGGAGGACUGUGACGCCCACAUGCAAAGCCUGCUGUAUUCAAAGCUGGUGGCGCUGAACAAUCCGUGCUUUGAUUUCAUGGGCUGCAACUACACGGAGAAGAACAUGGUUCGUGCCGACAAGGACGGCGCGUCCAAGGAGGGUGCCGGCCGGGUGGCUUUGUACAGGGAAACGGGCCUUACGCAUUUGUACACAAUCGAAGCCAACUAUAACACGGCCCGCACAUUAAACGUGGUGGCACCCGCGUCGGGGGACCAUGGCGGCCGCGCAUCCCCGCCAUGCAAUAAGCGAUUCCCAUCCAAGUUCACUGUCGGUGCAUUCCAUGGUGUGGGCAGGGCCAUCCUGAUUGCUGCGCUGGAUUUGGAGGGCAACAAUCCCUGGAGUCGAUUGCCACUCAGUGAGCACCGCAGCCUCGAGGGUGUCCGUAGCUGGAUUCUUACUGUGCUUCGCGCCACUCCUGAAACAAGGGCUGCACAUCUGCCGGCCAUGAGCGACGUGGCGGUCGAGAAGCUCCGUGCGAUGAUCGCUUCAGGGACGCUCAGGAUAUCGCCGGCGUACACUUCCACCCGCCGACAAAGCAACACCAACGCAAACGGCAGAAAUCGUUUGCCACCGGCGCCCAUGCCAUCACGGCACGCAAACGCAUCUUUGCCGGUCAUCACAUCGCACGGCUCGGCGCCUACUAGCGCUGCAAAUCCAUCGGGCGUUGCACCACGGCGCAGCGCUGUGCCCCUGGGUAGGACGAGCAAUGAUGGCUUGGCCAGGAGCACGAGUCUACCUGUGAAGAUCAGCACUUCGUCAGUCUUGCAGUCGCCGCUCCAUUCAGUUGGGAGCACGCUGGGCAUCCGAGACGCUGCAGCAGAGUCCGUGCAAGAUGGAGAGGACGUCGACAUCGCUGCUGCGGUGGCUGCCGUGGCUGCUUCGGAUGCAGCGUGUGCGGUGACUGAAGGACCUAGUGACAGCGACGGCGAAGAAGAGCACGAGGAGAUUGCGACGCGGACGGCCUCGCCGGGAUCAAGUUCGUCAGCUGCUUCGGCGCUAUCGCGGUUUCGCUCUGUUGAGUCAACAUUACGGUCUCCGACAACGAGUUUUAAGACCGCGGCGGUUUAUUGCGGCCGAGUGACAGAGUUCAAGUUCCCACUAAGCGAUAUAGUUACAGGACCGCCUGCUGAAGUGUCUCCCCGUAUUUCAGCUGGCGUUCUCGGCUAUGUCAACGCAGCUGUCAGGCACAGACCUCCAUCGGCUGGUAGUUCUGGCCGGCCCUCGUCUUCCGGGGGUGUACUGGCGAGCAGUGUGGCAACCCCGGUCGUAAACCCUGUUUUGGGUGCCAACGGCGCUGUGGGCUCACGGCAUUUGUCCAUCCCGCGGUCAGCAGGCAGCACUGGGGCUAUCCUCAUUACUCCGGACCAGCUUGCCCCAACGAACACAACGAAGAAAAAGUCUACAUCGCUUAGCUUUGCCAUCUCCUCAAGUCGCAGGAAUCGCUGAUACCGUGUGGGCCAUAGGAUAUACUGUACGUGUUAAGAGCUAACGGCCAGGCGCCGUGUACGCUGUACAAAACGUGGUGGCCUAUGAAACAACC